AUGUUUCGCCAAGUUGGAAAGGAUGCAGUGAAGCAAUCGUAUACAACGCGGCGGUGGGGCACAACUGAUGGCAAACUCUCCAAACACUUUCCUCGCCACUUCAACUAUUCAUCUACACCCUUUUUUGUCCGCUUUGUUUCCUCCAACACCUCUCCCUCCCCCGCACCCCCGUCUCUUCCCUCUCCCCUUUCAGCUCCUCCCCAACACAAAUCCAAGGUCAAUUUACGACCUGGACCAUUAAAACCCGAGACCUCGCUUUCACCCAAGCACACACCCACGCCCACCAAGGCUUUGCAUUCGCCGACCCAUACAUUCUCCCCUCCUUCACUAGGAACCGCGAAAGAGGCCGUAAAGCACGACAUAGAAGACGCGGAGAGCCAUGGGGUUCUUCCUCCCCCACCAUUGGGGGCGAAUUGGUUUAGGAGGACGAUGCACACAGGCAUCCAACUCGCUAAAUUUUAUUAUCGAGGCGUCAAGCUUAUUUUCACUCGGCGUAAAGACAUUUCGCUGAUAAGGGCAAGGAUCAAGAAUGGCGGGAGUCCUUUGACGAGAUGGGAAUAUCGCCUCAUCCACAAACAGGAGGAUGACGUCAAGAAAGUGGUCCCAUUUUUAAUAAUCGCCCUAUUAUUGGAGGAGGUCAUCCCCCUUAUCGCCAUUUACGCUCCAUUCAUGCUUCCAUCAACUUGCAUCUUACCCUCUCAGCGUCAACGUAUUGAGGCAAAGAGGAAUGAGAAGGCAAUUGCUUUCGCAGCCAAUUACCGGCAACUUUUUAAUCAAUUAAAAACAAGAGCAAACCCACCCGGUCAUCUUUCUCUACGAAUACUACAUACCGUCGAUGAUGCCCCAUACGCGCUUUGUGGACUUCUAGGCUUACCCACACUCGGCCCUGACCUACUACGGAUAAGGCGUAUUAAACAGCGUCUAGAAUUCGUAAUAUUAGACGACAAACUCCUCAUGCAAGAUGGUUGGAAAUUAUCAGAAAAGUUCCUAGAUGAGGCUUUACAAGAACGCGGAAUCAUGGUGCGUGGUCUUGCAUCAAGACCAAAGGAAUCAAGGUUAGGUCACUGGCUUCAGGCAGUAAAGGGAACAUCGGGAGAUGACGCAUUAACUCGUCGGCUUCUACUUCUCGUUUCCAGGCAUUGA